AUGUACGCGAUCAUCGAAGAUUCCGGCACGCAGAUCAAAGCCUCCGAGGGCGACGUCCUCACCCUGGACAUCCGCGAGCUCCCCGACGACGCCAAGACGGUCACGUUCGACCGCGUCCUGCUCAUCGGCGGCGACGGGAAGUCCACGAUCGGCCAGCCCUACGUCGACGGCGCCUCCGUCACCGCGGAGAUCAUCGACCGCGAGUUCAAGGGCGAGAAGAUCGACGUCAUCAAGUUCAAGCGCCGCAAGGGCUACAAGGUCAAGCAGGGCCACCGCCAGCGCUACAUGAAGGUCAAGGUCAGCUCCAUCACGGGCUGA